AAUGUCAGUAGUACUAGUAGGCAGAUUUUCUCAAAGGUUAUUCCUCACACAAAGAUUGUACUGGAUUGUUGGCUCUCUCACCAAACUUGCAUCCACUAAAAUGCCAAGGACAACGAGGUCUAAGUUGAAAGCCUCAAGAUACAAUCCAACAGAUGGCAAAACAUGUCGGAAAACAGGACAAAGCUCAGAAACAACCACCAGUACAAGAACAGAUCUACUAGACUCUGCAGACACUGUAUCUUCCUUGAUAAGUAGUCUUGAGACGAGCUUCACAGCCAACCAAAACAGCAAGAAUGCAGCCCAGAUGAAACAAUACAUGAGGGGACAGUUUGAAUUCUAUGGUAUCAAGGCACCAGAAUUGAAAGGCAUUGUUAAGGAAGUGUUGGGAACGUACCCCAAACUGACCACUGACCAGGCACUUGAACUCCUCUGGAAAGCCUGGCAGCAGCCAAAUCGUGAAUUCCAGAUAAUGGCCAUACAUUACGCCUCAAACAAUAUCAGCAUUCUGAUUGGCUCAGACCUGAAGUGUUGCAGGCGUUUCUUAGAUACAAUACAGAAACUGAUCACAAACAAGAGUUGGUGGGAUUCGGUAGAUAUGCUGGCAAUUAAUGUGAUUGGUCCAAUGGUUGCUAAGCACCCGAAUGACCUUGGUCUUGUGAUGGAUAAAUGGGUUGAAGACAAAGACAUGUGGCUAAGGAGGACAGCAAUACUACAUCAACUCAAGUAUAAACAGAAAACUGAUUCUCAAAAACUCUUCAGGUAUUGUCUGAUGAGAGCUGAAGAAAAGGAGUUCUUCAUCCAGAAAUCAAUUGGCUGGGCACUAAGGGAGUAUGGUAAAACUAACGGGAAAGACGUGAAACAGUUUGUGACGGAACACAAAGACACUUUAUCUAACCUCAGUGUCCGUGAGGCAUUAAAACACAUCAAGUGAAAGAAAGGAAACAGUUCUACAACACAAAGACACUUUAUCUAACCUCAGUGUCGGUGAGGCAUUAAAACACAUCAAGUGAAAGAAAGGAAACAGUUCUACAACACAAAGACACUUUAUCUAACCUCAGUGUCCGUGAGGCAUUAAAACACAUCAAGUGAAAGAAAGGAAACAGUUCUACAACACAAAGACACUUUAUCUAACCUCAGUGUCCGUGAGGCAUUAAAACACAUCAAGUGAAAGAAAGGAAACAGUUCUACAACACAAAGACACUUUAUCUAACCUCAGUGUCCGUGAGGCAUUAAAACACAUCAAGUGAAAGAAAGGAAACAGUUCUACAACACAAAGACACUUUAUCUAACCUCAGUGUCCGUGAGGCAUUAAAACACAUCAAGUGAAAGAAAGGAAACAGUUCUACAACACAAAGACACUUUAUCUAACCUCAGUGUCCGUGAGGCAUUAAAACACAUCAAGUGAAAGAAAGGAAACAGUUCUACAACACAAAGACACUUUAUCUAACCUCAGUGUCCGUGAGGCAUUAAAACACAUCAAGUGAAAGAAAGGAAACAGUUCUACAACACAAAGACACUUUAUCUAACCUCAGUGUCCGUGAGGCAUUAAAACACAUCAAGUGAAAGAAAGGAAACAGUUCUACAACACAAAGACACUUUAUCUAACCUCAGUGUCCGUGAGGCAUUAAAACACAUCAAGUGAAAGAAAGGAAACAGUUCUACAACACAAAGACACUUUAUCUAACCUCAGUGUCCGUGAGGCAUUAAAACACAUCAAGUGAAAGAAAGGAAACAGUUCUACAACACAAAGACACUUUAUCUAACCUCAGUGUCCGUGAGGCAUUAAAACACAUCAAGUGAAAGAAAGGAAACAGUUCUACAACACAAAGACACUUUAUCUAACCUCAGUGUCCGUGAGGCAUUAAAACACAUCAAGUGAAAGAAAGGAAACAGUUCUACAACACAAAGACACUUUAUCUAACCUCAGUGUCCGUGAGGCAUUAAAACACAUCAAGUGAAAGAAAGGAAACAGUUCUACAACACAAAGACACUUUAUCUAACCUCAGUGUCAGUGAGGCAUUAAAACACAUCAAAUGAAAGAAAGGAAACAGUUCUACAACACAAAGACACUUUUUCUAACCUCAGCGUCCGUGUGGCAUUAAAACGCAUCAAGUGAAAGAAAGGAUACAGUUCUACAACACA